UAUUGUGUAAAUAAUCAAUUUGUCAAUUCAGGAUGAUAUGAAAAGUAUUAUCAAAAAAUGGAAUUCAUAUAAAUAUAGAUUUGUACCUUGGAUUAAAUUGAAAAACAAAUCACUGCCUUCAGCAAGAGUAACGAACAUUGGCUCCGAUAAAAUUAUAUCAGAUGCUGAAGUUUUACAGCAAGUGACAAAAGCAUUUAAAAAUCUCGAGCGAAGUGAAGAGAAACUGGUUAAAUCUCGUGGAUUUUCCUUGGAAGUGCGAAAAAGUACACUCACUGGAGCUGGGAGAGGAGUAUUUGUGAGACGUGGAGCUGUUAAAAAAGGAACCGUGGUUUCUUUCUACCCUGGAACAAUUUAUCUUCCAUAUGAGUCGAUAUUUUUUCAAUCGAUUGCCAACCCUUUCAUUUUCAAGUGCUCUGACGGUAUUCUGAUUGACGGAAAUAACAAAGGAAUCUCUAAAUUGAUUUUCAAGUCGUGCGCAGAAAGAGACAGAGUUGGACCAUAUUUGACAGCUGAUGUAACCUGGCUUAAUCCGUACAAAAGUUCACUUAAUAAUAUUGGACAAAUUGUGAAUAACCAAACGAGUGCUAAUCCAGCAAAUGUUUGUUACCAAGAGUUUGAUUUUCCUGAUGACUUUCCUUUAGAACUGAAAAAGUUUAUUCCUCAUGUGUUUUAUCAAAGCCUUUGUGGGCGUCGUGAAAUGAGAACAGUGGUCCUUGUUACUACUAGACAUAUUGAAAAAGGUGAAGAACUAUUUUCAUCUUACUACACUUUGAUAAAGCAAUGAUUGCAACUCGAAUGUUCAGUCGACGAGCAUUGCCCAUCGCCAUGAGGAGAAGGGCAAAAUUCCAAUCAAUGACUAAUUCAUAUUCUGUCUCAACAGAGCCGCCUUCUAAUGAUUCUAAAAAAAACAAAAAACGACCUGAAAU